CCCCCCCUCUCUCCGGUGUAUUACGGUAGUCGCACUCUCCGGUGUUUUACGGCCGGGGGCUCGGUUUUGCGCCACCGCCCUGCCUACACUUUUUUUCCCUCUCUCGGUACAAAUGGCCGAGCGACGCGCCUUCGCUCAAAAAAUCAGCAGGACUGUGGCAGCUGAAGUAAGGAAGCAAAUCUCUGGUCAGUAUGGCAGCUCUCCACAGCUGCUCAAAAACCUCAACGUGGGGGCAAACGUUUCCCACCAUUCAGUUCCGUUAACUGAGGCAGUGGAUCCAGUGGAUUUUGAAGAUUAUCUGAUAAUGCACCCUCCCAUAAUUGAUCCAGGUCCCUUAAGGGACUUGCUGGAAUUUCCACCAGAUGAUGUUGAAGUUAUUUACAGCCCAAGAGAAUGUCGAACACUAGUACAAGCAGUACCUGAUGAAAGUGACAUGGGCCCUCAUGUCAGGGACUGUGUGCGAACAUACACUGAAGAUUGGGCCAUUGUCAAUCGCAAGUAUCACAAACUCAGCACAGGAUUUAAUCCCAACACACUUGACAAACAGAAGGAAAGGCAGAAAGGUUUGCCAAAGCAGAUCUUUGAAUCGGAUGAAAUGCCAGACACCAACAGUUACCAGGACGAUCAGGAUGAUUUGAAACGGCGUUCUGUAUCAAUAGAUGAUACUCCUAGAGGUAGCUGGGCCUGCAGUAUUUUUGAUCUCAAAAACUCGCUUCCUGAUGCUGUCCUUCCAAAUCUACUAGAUCGAUCCCCUAUUGAAGAAAUAGACCAACUGAAUGAAGAACAGAGGAAGGGAAAUCGACACAGGGAGCUAUUUGCACUUUAUCCUGCACCAGAUGAGGAUGAACCAAUAGAAAGGCACAGUAUUCCAGAAGUUCCCAGGGAACAUUUUGGUCAAAGGCUCCUUGUAAAAUGCUUAUCAUUGAAGUUUGAAAUUGAAAUUGAGCCCAUUUUUGCAAGCUUGGCCUUGUAUGACGUGAGAGAAAAGAAAAAGAUUUCUGAAAACUUCUUCUUUGAUUUGAAUUCUGAGCAAACUAAAGGCAUGCUGCGUCCUCAUGUUCCUCCUGCAGCUAUUUCAACGUUAGCCCGAUCAGCAAUUUUUUCAAUCACUUAUCCAUGUCAGGAUGUUUUUUUAGUUAUAAAGUUGGAGAAAGUUCUGCAACAAGGAGACAUUGGUGAAUGUGCAGAACCCUACAUGAUCUUCAAGGAGUCAGAAACAGCCAAAAACAAGGAAAAGUUGGAGAAGCUGAAGAGCCAAGCAGAGCAGUUCUGUCAUAGACUGGGAAAGUACCGCAUGCCUUUUGCUUGGACUGCCAUACAUCUAAUGAACAUUGUUAACAGUGCAGGAAGCCUGGAGCGAGACAGUACAGAUUUAGAGAUUGGAACAGGAGAGCGGAAAGGUUCUUGGUCAGAAAGAAGGAACUCUGGACUGGUCGGGAGACGCUCUCUUGAACGAAUGUCAACCGGGGACGAAUCAUGCAACCUUUCGAGUUUCAGGCCUGCUACACUGACGGUCACAAACUUCUUCAAACAGGAGGGAGAUCGUCUUAGUGAUGAAGAUUUGUAUAAAUUCCUUGCUGACAUGAGAAGACCCUCAUCUGUUUUGAGAAGACUAAGACCAAUCACAGCCCAACUCAAAAAAUUAAAACGCUAAAAUCGAAAUAUAGUGUUAAAAAACUCCAGUUCUCCAGAAAAUCCCCUUAUUAUUUUUAUUUCUUUAUGCAGCUCACGCCCGAGUUACCCCAUUAGGUCAAACCCCGAUCCUGACAAACCCUAUCCUGACACUCGAGUGAGACCGACAAGAGAUAUCCUGGAGUUUCCAUCGAGGGAUGUCUAUGUUCCUUACACCACCUACAGGAACUUGCUGUAUGUGUAUCCACAGAGUCUUAAUUUUGCAAAUCGUCAAGGUUCAGCUCGAAACAUUACUGUGAAAGUCCAGUUUAUGGCUGGGGAAGAUCAGAACAAUGCAAUGCAGGCCAUUUUUGGAAAGUCAAGUUGUGCAGAAUUUACAAGAGAGUCAUAUACUGCAGUUAUAUAUCACAACAGAUCCCCUGAUUUUCAUGAAGAGAUUAAAAUAAAACUUCCUGCUUAUCUGACUGAUCACCAUCACUUGCUCUUCACCUUCUACCACGUCAGCUGUCAGCAGAAGCAGAACACGCCCUUAGAAACUCCAGUCGGGUACACGUGGAUUCCAAUGCUCCAGAAUGGUCGCCUGAAAACUGGUCAGUUAUGCCUUCCUGUGUCACUUGAGAAGCCACCACAGUCUUAUUCAGUUUUAUCUCCAGAAGUACCAUUGCCUGGAAUGAAAUGGGUGGAUAAUCAUAAGGGUGUAUUCAAUGUGGAGGUGGUUGCUGUAUCUUCCAUUCACACCCAGGAUUCCUCCCUUGACAAGUUCUUUGCGCUAGUCCAUGCCCUGGAGGAGCAUUCUUUUCCUGUGCGGAUCGGAGAUCUAAGAAUUCUGGAGAUUGACUUGGAGAAUGAGUUGAAGAGCAGUAUAGCGUCGUUGAGUUCAGCUCAACUGGAAUUGGUGGUUCGAUUCCUCCAUCAGCUACUUGACAAGCUUGCCUUGUUGGUUGUGAGGCCCCCAGUAAUUGCUGGACAGAUUGUGAACAUGGGACAACCAUCUUUUGAGGCAAUGACAUCCAUUGUGAACAGAUUGCACAAGAAUUUAGAAACAAGCCAGGACCAGCAUGGCAGAAACAAUUUGUUGGCAUCCUACAUUUACUAUGUUUUCCGUCUUCCAAGCACAGAGUCAACCCCGACGUCACCAGGGCCUGGUGGCUGUAUGUUGGGGGGAUCUAUGCAUUAUGCUACAAUGGCCCGUUCAGCAGCAAGGCUGGCCAGCCUGAGCCUCAGUCGGUCCAGGAGUCUCAGCAACAGCAACCCAGACAUCUCAGGUACUCCAGCCUCACCAGAUGAUGAAGUAAGGACAAUUAUUGGCAGCAAGGGACUAGAUCGUUCCAAUUCCUGGGUUAAUGCUGGUGGCCCAACUGUCCCAUGGAGAAGCCCCCCCAGAUCAAGCUCUGAAGUAAUGCAGGCCAUGGAUCGAAGUAAUCGCAUGUCAUCGCAUACCGAGAGUACAAGUUUCUUACAAACGUUAACGGGACGAUUGCCAACUAAGAAGCUAUUGCAUGAGGAGCUGGCCCUACAAUGGGUUGUGAGCAGUGGGAGUGUGCGUGAAACUGCCAUCCAUCAAGCUUGGUUCUUCUUUGAAUUAAUGGUGAAAAGCAUGGUGCACCAUUUAUAUUUUUCUGAUAAACUUGACAUCCUGAGAAAAGCUCGAUUUCCAGAAAGAUUCAUGGAUGAUAUUGCUGCACUGGUCAGCAUGAUUACAGGAGAUAUUGUUACAAGGUUUCAAAAGGAUGUAGAACUGAUUGAGAGAUUAAACAUCAGUCUUGCAUUUUUUCUCAACGACCUGUUUUCUGUGAUGGAUCGUGGCUUUGUCUUUUCUCUCAUCAAAACCUAUUGGAAGCAGGUUUCCUCAAAGCUCUACGCAUUGCAGACACCAAGUAUGCUUGUAUCACUGAGAUUAGACUUUCUGCGGAUCGUUUGUAGUCAUGAACAUUACGUCACACUGAAUUUGCCAUGCAGCCUCCUCACGCCUCCAUCCUCUCCAUCCCCCUCCGUGUCAUCUGCAACUAGUCAGAGCUCUGGGUUUUCUACAAUUGUCCAAGACCAGAAGAUUGCAAAUAUGUUUGAGUUGUCAGUCCCAUUCCGCCAGCAGCAUUACCCAGCAGGCCUUGUGCUCACUGAGUUAACACUUAUUCUAGACCCAGAGGCAGAGGGCUUGUUUGGAUUACACAAGAAGGUCAUCAGUGUUGUUCACAACUUGCUGUCGAGUCAUGAUUCAGAUCCUCGGUAUGCAGACCCAGAUGUGAAAGCUCGUGUGGCAAUGUUAUACUUACCGCUGAUUGGCAUCAUUAUGGAAACUGUACCGCAGCUUUAUGAUUUCACAGAAUCCCAAAAUCUGCGAGGUCGCCCUAACGUUGCAUCUACGGAUGAUUAUGAGACGGAGAGCAGCAGCAUGAUCAAUCAAACUGUCGCAAUGGCAAUCGCAGGAGCAUCCGUCCCUCAGCUUUCUCGGCCGAGCAGUUUCUUGCUGACACCUGGGAGUGGACGGCAGUAUACUACCUUCUCCGCAGAAUCAAGCCGCAGCUUGCUGAUUUGUCUUCUCUGGGUUUUGAAAAAUGCAGAUGAUGCAAUUUUGCAGAAGUGGUUUGCGGAUCUCUCUGUCCUUCAACUAAACCGCUUAUUGGACUUGAUGUAUCUUUGUGUGUCCUGCUAUGAGUACAAGGGCAAGAAAGCCUUUGAGCGAAUGAACAGUCUCACAUUCAAAAAAUCAAAAGACAUGAAAGCAAAACUUGAAGAAGCGAUUCUAGGAAGCAUUGGAGCUCGUCAGGAAAUGGUUCGGCGUAGCAGAGGCCAAUUAGAGCGAAGUCCAUCUGGCAGUGCUUUUGGAAGCCAAGAAAAUCUGAGGUGGAGAAAAGAUAUGACCCAUUGGCGCCAGAAUAGCGAAAAACUUGAUAAAAGUCAGAAAUCUGUCAGAUCAAGGGCAGAGUUGGAACAUGAAGCACUGAUUGACGGUAAUCUCGCAACAGAAGCAAACCUUAUUAUUUUGGAUACUUUGGAAAUAGUUGUUCAGACUGUUUCGGUGACAGAGUCUAAGGAGAGUGUGCUUGGAGGAGUCCUGAAGGUUCUUCUUCACACUAUGGCCUGUAACCAGAGUGCGCUUUACCUGCAGCAUUGUUUUGCGACACAGAGAGCCUUGGUAUCCAAAUUUCCUGAACUGCUUUUUGAAGAAGAAACUGAACAGUGUGCUGAUCUUUGCUUAAGGCUCCUGCGACAUUGCAGCAGCAGUAUUGGCACGAUCCGAGCACAUGCCAGUGCAUCACUUUACCUCCUCAUGAGGCAAAACUUUGAGAUUGGAAAUAACUUUGCACGGGUGAAGAUGCAAGUGACUAUGUCCCUUUCCUCGCUGGUUGGAACGUCCCAGAAUUUUAAUGAGGAAUUCCUGAGAAGGUCUUUAAAGACAAUACUGACAUAUGCCGAGGAGGAUCUGGAAUUGAGAGAAACGACCUUCCCUGACCAGGUGCAGGACCUGGUUUUUAAUCUCCACAUGAUCCUCUCCGACACGGUGAAAAUGAAAGAACACCAAGAAGAUCCAGAGAUGCUCAUUGAUCUCAUGUACAGAAUUGCUAAAGGGUACCAGACUUCACCAGAUCUGCGUCUAACGUGGCUCCAAAACAUGGCUGGAAAGCACUCAGAGAAGAGCAACCGUGCUGAAGCAGCACAGUGCCUGGUGCAUUCAGCAGCACUUGUAGCAGAAUACCUAAGUAUGUUGGAAGAUCGCAAGUAUCUCCCAGUUGGAUGUGUGACCUUCCAGAACAUCUCUUUCAAUGUUUUGGAGGAGUCUGCAGUUUCUGAUGAUGUCCUUUCACCAGAUGAGGAAGGGAUCUGCUCUGGGAAGUAUUUUACAGAAGCUGGUCUUGUGGGAUUGAUGGAGCAAGCCGCCGACCUGUUUUCAAUGGCUGGAAUGUACGAGGCAGUUAAUGAAGUUUACAAAGUUCUAAUUCCAAUCCACGAGGCUAAUCGUGAUGCAAAAAAACUGGCGGCUAUUCAUGGUAGACUCCAAGAUGCAUUCAGCAAAAUAGUUCAUCAGAGUACUGGCUGGGAGAGGAUGUUUGGUACCUACUUCCGUGUUGGCUUUUAUGGGUCCAGGUUUGGUGACCUGGAUGAACAAGAAUUUGUUUACAAAGAACCAGCCAUUACAAAACUGGCUGAAAUCUCUCAUCGGCUUGAGGCAUUUUAUGGGGAACGGUUUGGUGAGGAUGGUGUGGAAGUUAUCAAAGACUCUAAUCCAGUGGACAAAUGCAAAUUGGAUCCUAAUAGGGCGUAUAUUCAGAUAACUUACGUGGAACCAUAUUUUGACGCCUAUGAAAUGAAGGAUAGGAUUACUUACUUUGACAAAAAUUAUAACCUGAGACGUUUCAUGUAUUGCACGCCAUUCACGUUAGAUGGACGAGCACACGGUGAUCUUCAUGAACAGUUCAAACGCAAAACGAUCCUGACAGUGUCACAUGCGUUCCCUUACAUUAAAACCAGGAUCAAUGUCAUACACAAAGAAGAGGUCAUUUUAACACCAAUCGAAGUGGCAAUAGAAGACAUGCAGAAAAAAACUCAAGAGCUGGCUUUUGCAACACAUCAAGAUCCAGCUGAUCCUAAAAUGCUUCAGAUGGUGUUACAGGGCUCAGUGGGAACAACAGUUAAUCAAGGACCUUUAGAAGUUGCUCAAGUAUUUUUGUCUGAAAUUCCCAAUGAUCCUAAGCUAUUCCGACACCACAACAAAUUACGCUUGUGCUUCAAAGACUUCACCAAAAAAUGUGAAGAUGCAUUGCGGAAGAAUAAGAGUUUAAUAGGUCCUGAUCAGAAAGAAUAUCAACGCGAGCUCGAACGGAACUAUCACCGUCUCAAAGAAGCUCUCCAGCCUUUGAUAAACAGGAAAAUUCCCCAACUUUAUAAACCAGUGCUACCAAUCAGUUGCCAUAGGGAUUCUUUCAGUCGUCUGAGCCUUCGAAAAAUAGACAUCUGAAAAGGCGGACUUGACAUUUAUCCGGUUGCAUGUGAAGGAAUACAAUAAAAAGCUAUCCAUUUCAUCAUCGCCCAAGAAACAUGGUAAUGAAAAGAUAAUUAAAAAUUUAAAAAAAUUCAUACCUCAAUUUUUUUAAUACAACCACAUGUGGGGAUAUUUUAGAAACACUACAUUUCCUUAAGUGCGAAAGCAAGGAUAAAUGUCAGCAUUGAUGGUACUUGUAAUUAUUUUAAUAUUCCCACGGUUACAUUCAAUUGCACAAAGUCGGUAUUGUGCUUUUGUUAGUUUUGUCACAAGCAUUUGCAGUUGUUCAGAUUCACUAACUCAUAUUAUUUAUCUACCAUUAUGUAUUAAAAGUUCUUAAUGUCAGCUGAUGUACUAUUUAUCAAGUUUGAACAAGAUCUUUUGAAGAGUUUUGUGUGAUUGGCAUUUAUUUUUUAAAAAAGGUACGAUUAAAUAUUGUAAUUACUAAAGAUCUGGUACAUUGGUUUGUUUUCCUCUAGCCGGUUCAUAUUUAUAUAAGCGUUUGAUUACUGAGAGAGCGGAUUUAAGACCUAACACGCUUCGCGUAAUCUAGAUAAGAAUAUUUUAAUUAAAAACACCAAUCAAGCAUUAUAUAUUCUUUUAACAGUUUUGGAUUAAUGUAAAAGAAAUACAUUUACUCCCUUAAUAUAACACGUAUAUCACAAUAUGCUACUCAACCCGAACACAACAAGACUGCACUGAUAUUAAUGCCAAAGUAAAAUGAUAAUAACAGCAAUUUCUUGCAACUGUGCAUUCCUUUAAAGUGUGAAAUAUGCAUACGAACGAAUGUUCCUGCAAGUUUUACAAUGAUUAGUUUUA